GCGGGCAGUCCUGACGGGUCCUGAUUCUGCAGGUUUGUGCUGUGUCUCCUUCAUCUCGUCCUCGCACAGGUGAAUUGUGGCCGGUUCUGCUACACAGGUUCGAAUCACAUUAACAGAUAAGAUGGCGGUUCCUCCAGCGUACGCAGACCUGGGAAAGUCUGCAAGAGAUAUUCUCAACAAGGGCUACGGUUUUGGAAUGGUGAAGCUUGAUGUCAAAACCAAAUCUGCAAACGGAGUGGAAUUCAAAACGAGUGGUUCUUCAAACAUGGACACAAACAAGAUCAGCGGGAACCUGGAGACCAAAUACAAGUGGACGGAGUAUGGACUGACCUUCACGGAGAAGUGGAACACAGACAACACGCUCGGCACAGAGAUCUCCGUGGAGGACCAGAUCACUAAAGGACUGAAGUUGACCUUCGACACGACCUUCUCACCCAACACUGGCAAGAAGAGCGGCAAGGUGAAGUCCGCUUACAAGCGUGAAUAUCUCAACGCGGGCUGCGAUGUGGAUUUCGACUUUGCUGGUCCGACCAUCCACGGAGCGGCAGUGGUGGGGUACGAGGGCUGGCUGGCCGGAUACCAGAUGACCUUCGACAGCGCCAAGUCCAAAAUGACCCGCAGCAACUUUGCCAUCGGAUUCAAGACGGAAGACUUUCAGUUACACACCCAUGUGAAUGACGGCACGGAGUUUGGCGGCUCGAUUUAUCAGAAAGUGAAUGAUCGCUUGGAGACGGCAGUCGAUCUGGCCUGGACCGCCGGCAAUAACAGCACAAGCUUCGGCAUCGCUGGCAAAUACAUGCUGGACCCCAGCUCAUCUGUCAGCGCUAAAGUGAAUAAUUCCAGUCUGGUCGGGGUUGGCUACACUCAGACCCUCAGACCAGGAAUGAAGAUCACGCUUUCUGCCCUCGUGGAUGGAAAGAACAUUAAUUCUGGAAGUCAUAAACUGGGCUUGGGAAUUGAGCUGGAUGCGUAACACCAGCAGCCGUAUGAAGAGGUCUCGGUCCGCUCAAAUCAUGCUUAAUGGGAAAUGACUGGAAAGAGAAGUCUGAUAUCUCUACGCACAUCCGCCCGCACGUACUCCUUUCCCUUAAACUAAGCACUGAACCCAAACCUGAACCUCGUGACUCUGAUAUUUAUUCAUCAUUCUGAAAUCAAUCUCUCUUUUGAUCCGAGCUUCAGUGUGCAUGUGUGUUACAUCACAUCAUAUUGAUCAUGUUCUCGGUGUUUAAGAAGUUCACCAGAUUUUUGUCAUUAUUUACUCAAAAAUCAACCUGUAUGCCGUUUCUGGUGGAACACAGAGGGGAAUGUUUAAAGCUCUUGAUCCAGCGAACAAUGAAUGAAGUCUAGAAGUGCUGUGGUUAAUAUAAACUUGACGAUUCUUGAGUUUUCCACUACUGAGUAACGUGAAGUUAAUUUGCACAUGAAGAAUCUUCCAUUGCUGCCUCUGUGAUCUGUAGUUCUGGCUUUUGUUGACUGUUUUUGGUGCAAAUCUCCCUGUAAAUCUUCUCAGCGUGAGAUGUGAUGUCACUAAACACUUGGCGUAGAUGUGUGCGAGUCGCCUUACCUGCACAACCAUGCGAACACCCUUGUGUGUGUGUGUCGACCUUUGCAAUAAAGUCUUCAAACAGAAUCGUGACGUAUUUGUACAUGAAUCAAGCAAGAAGAACUACAGCUGACAGGUUUAGACGACGUCUCAUAGGAAGAAAAAACACUAAGCGUGCAGUAAAAUGGUCAAAAUAUAAUGGAU